UUAUUGUCGUAAUCGUGCUGCUUGAAUCUAUCUGUUUAAACUGAUAAUCCCUGUUUGCACAAAUUCGGAUCAACUUGUGUCUAAAAGAGGAAUAAUUUUCUCAAAGAAUGCGUCUGCUGCGGGCCUUGUGUGGGCCGGUUAAGGGCCCCACCAUCGGCGAAUGGACGCUGAAAUACUCGAAUUUGCCGGAGCGAUAUGUGCGGAGAGCCAUGCGGCAAAUCGAGUAUCAAACUCCGCGAGGAAAGCCGCAGUAUUUGAAUCGCACCCUUGAACGAAAGAUCUUCAAAUUCUCAACAAAUCGCCCGUGGACGUUCGAAUUCCAACAAGACAACGCACCAAGGAAGAAGAUAAAACGCGAAUUGAUCGAGCCUAUACAAAACUGGAGCUUCUUCCGUGGCGACAGAGUUGAAGUUCUUAUUGGAAAAGAUAAAGGCAAGCAGGGAAUCGUUAUUCACGUCUUCCAGGAGAAAAACUGGAUCAUCGUCGAAGGUCUGAACACGGAAAUCAAAAUGAUGGGCGAAGACAAAAAGAACAACUUCCCUGGGAUGGCAGUGCGAUGGGAGAAGCCAUUACUGGUGACAACGGAGGUCAAGCUGGUCGACCCCUCCGACCUGAAGAGCACCGACAUCGAGUGGAGGUUCACGGAGGAAGGGGAGAAGGUGCGGGUCAGUGUGCGCACGGGCAGGAUCAUCCCGAUGCCGCCGAUGGCCGAAGAAACUAUAGACUAUAAAACGAAAGGGUCGUACCGAGAAGGGGACAAGGACACGGACCCUGAUGAACUGUCCAAAAUUACGUUUGAGCCGAAACUGUGCACGUUCGACAUGGAAAUUAUGGAGAAGAUGGGAAUUAAAGAAGACAGAAAUUAUGCGAAAACCUACUGGUACUAGUUGUUCAGCUGGAAUAUUAAUUGAUUAAUUGUAGUGCUUUUAAAAAUAAAAUUCAAAUUUGUUAUUUGA